AUGGGCCCCUGAACCGCCUCCUCAUGCUGCUGCCAGGCCCCUAAUCUGCCAUGGGCCCCUAUACCGCCUCCUCAUGCUGCUGCGAAGUCCAGAGUCUCUCAUGGGUCCCUGUACGGCCUCCCAUUGCUGCUGCCUCCACCGCCACCCUGCGCCAUGUGCCUCUGUCGUCUGCUCACGCUGCUGACGGCUUCCGCUUUUUAACCGAGGCCUGUGUUUGGCUUCCGAAUACUGCUGCAUCCACCGCCACCCUGCGCCAUGUGCCUCUGUCGUCUGCUCACGCUGCCGCCAGGUCCAUACUAAUUCAUGGCCCCCUGUACCGGCUCCUCAUGAACGUGGUUCAGCGGGUUUGCAUCACUUAACGGCAAAUCGUUGACAAACGCUGGGACGUUCAGUGUUGUGCGCAUUAAGCCAGACACCAAAGGGCA